AUGUGCCUCGUGAGCCCCAGUGGCAGCAGGGAGACCUCCGAGGCUGGAGCAGGGACAGUAAGAACAGGCAGGUCACAAAUCACCACCAUGAAGUUGAUGUUUUUGUAUUGGGUUGUGGCACUUUGUGUCUUCUGCAAAGAAAUACAGAAAAGAGAAUCAGGUGGCUUUUUGCUCGGUAGUUCGUCCUUUGGUGACUCAGACAGAAGAAAGAAAUCUCUUAUUUCACUCCUUAACACUGGAAUUAGUGCUUCAGGAGAGGCUGAAGACAGGUGGAGAGAACCUCAAGACAUUACUAGUUUAGAGUUAGAAGACACCCCUGCAGAUAGCAUUAACACAAGAAGUGGGGCUGGAGUUAACAGCAGCUUCUCUGGAAAUCUGGGAUUUGGUUUGGGGACAUCUGGUCAAAAGAGACUGGAAAUCAGUAGAGCUGACGGAGUUGACAUGAGCAGCAGAGCAUCUGCUGGGGGUGAAUCCAUAGGUUUCUGAUCAGAUGCCUGUGCAUCAGUUGGAACUGAGUCUUUUGGUUAGGAACUUGGAGCAGGGAAGGGCAAUGCUACAUUUAGUUUUGGGGCUGCUGGUUCAAGUUCAUUUGGUAAUAGUGGCAUUAGUAGCAAAACAGUUGAAGGAAAUUGAAUGGGUGGUCUGGCAGGCUCUGUGACAAUCAUUUUAUAUUCUGCAGGUGACACCAGUUUGAGAAGUGAGAAUAUAUUUGUUGGUGAUAGCUUUGGAAAUUUUGAAUCCAAUUUAGGGGCUUCUGAUCAACAGGGAUUUGGAAUCAAUGAAAUUGGAGGAGAUGCAAUGAGUGGCAGUGGAUUUGUUGGGGCUGGAUUCAAGGGCCUUGACUAUGAUGCCAGUAGCUCAGGUGGAUCAAGUUCAAGAAAUAGUGAAUAUUCUGAAUAUUCUGAUGGUGUCGCUGAAGAUUCAGGAUUCUAUUUGGGGUCUUCUUAUCAACGGGGAUUUGGACUCAGUGGAAUUGGAGGGAAUGGAGAUGAUAGCAGUGGAUAUGCUGGGGAUGGAUACUUGAGUCCUGGAUCUGAUGUCAGUGGCUCAGGAGGAUACAUUUGGUCUUCUGGUUCUGGAAGUGGUGGAGGAAGGAAGCGUGAAGCUGGUGUCACAAGCUCAUCUGACUACAGUACCUCUGGACCACUCAGUACUCCAGAAAAAGGAUCCCAUAUUCCGGAAGCAACUCCGAAAUACUCAGAAACAGAUGCAAUUAUUGGUGAAGCUUCAACUUGGGGCAAAGGAGCGUAUAAGGCUUUCAAUGGCCGGAUCUUUUCCUUUGAGUCUUCAUGCACGUACACUUUCUGCCGUCACUGCGUUGAUUCUGGAGGAGAUUUCAAUGUUGAGAUCAAACGAAAUGAUGAUAAUGAGAUUGAAAGAAUAACAGUUGUAAUCGACAGUAAUGACGUCUCUAUUUUGGGUGACGGCAUUUUAGUUAAUGGAGAGAGUGUACAGAUACCAUAUAACAAUAAGUUGAUUCACAUUAAAAAAUAUGGAGAACAUAAUGUCUUGAAUAGCCGUAGAGGAAUCCUGACUUUAAUGUGGGACAAAAAUAACAAACUCUCACUCACUCUUCACAAGCAAUAUUCAACUUGUGGUCUUUGUGGUAACUUCAACAGCACUCCAGGAGACAAUAUCAACGAACACAUUGCCAAUAGUAAAAUUCCGGGUGAUUGUCCCAAUGCUGUUAGUAAAAGCUACGAAGUUUGUGAAGAUGGAGUACAGCACUGCAACAAAAUUAUUGAAACCUACUUUGAGAAAUGUGGAAAGGUUACUGCUUUAUCCAGUGACUACAAAAUGAUUUGUGUUGAUGAGUACUGCCAAAAUGGAGGCAAAGAAUCUACAUGUGACACUUACUCAGAGUUGUCCCGCCUCUGUGCCUCUGAUGGUCCUGGCACCUAUGAAUACUGGCGAGAUGAUUCUGAAGUAGUUUGUGAAAAACCUAUAUGCCCAGAAAAACAUAUCUACAAAGAAUGUGGACCCUCAAAUCCUGCAACUUGUUCUAAUGUGGCUCCUUUUCAAGACAGUGAAUGUGUGAGUGGUUGCACCUGUCUGGAAGGUUAUCUACUGGAUGAUAUUGGAGAGAAAGGGAGAUGUGUAUUAAAAACUGAGUGUCCUUGUGAAUCCAAUGGAAAGGUGUAUCAGUCAGGAGAAGUCCGAGAGGGUCCUUGUGGUUCUCAGUGCACAUGCCAAGAAGCAAAGUGGUCUUGCACCGAAGCGUUAUGUCCCGGCAGAUGUAAGGUGGAAGGAAGUUCAAUUACCACCUUUGAUGGUGUUAAAUACAACCAUCCUGGAAACUGUCACUUCUUGGCCAUCCAUGAUGAAGAUUGGUCUGUCAGUGUUGAGCUUCGUCCAUGUCCAAGUGGUCAGUCAGGAACGUGCUUAAAUAGUGUGACUCUUCUUUUGAAUUCGUCUGUUUCAGUUGACAAAUAUGUAUUCAAUAGAGAUGGAACAGUCACAAAUGACAAGAUUAGAAAUGAAAGUUAUUACUAUUCAGACAAAAUACAGAUCUUCAAAGCAUCUUCCUCAUACCUUCAAGUAGAAACUUACUUUCAUGUAAAAAUGCAAAUACAAAUUGUUCCUGUGAUGCAAUUGUAUGUUUCCAUGCCACCCAACCAAUUCACAGACACUGUAGGACUCUGUGGUUCCUACAACAACAGAGCAGAGGAUGAUUUCAUGUCAAGUCAGAAUAUAUUGGAGAAGACGUCUCAGGCAUUUGCUAAUUCUUGGGAAAUGAUGUCUUGUCCUAAAGGAAAACCCGCUUCAUGCAUCAGUAUAGAAACUGAAAAAUUUGCUGACAGCUACUGUGGAAUUCUUCUUGAUUCAGGCGGGCCUUUUGCUUCCUGCCAUGCAAUUGUGAACCCUAAAACAUAUCAUGAGGAAUGCAAAAAAUACACCUGUACUUGUGAAAACAGUCAAGAUUGCCUGUGUACAGUGUUAGGCAACUAUGUGAAAGCAUGCGCAGAGAAGGAAACGUACAUAGUGGGAUGGAGAGCCGGCCGAUGUGAUCACUCUUGUCCAAGUGGCCUAGUUUUCAAGUACAAUGUAAAAGCCUGCAAUAGUUCUUGCCGAUCAUUGUCAGAGAGAGAUAGGAGCUGUGAUGUAGAAGAUGUUCCAGUUGAUGGAUGCACUUGCCCUGAUGGAAUGUACCAGAAUAAUGAAGGAAAUUGUGUUGCAAAAUCUCAGUGUGACUGCUACAUAAAUGAUGAGGUCAUACAACCAGGAAAACUCAUUCAAAUUGAUGACAAUAAUUGUGUCUGUCGGGAUGGAAUUCUUCUUUGCCAGAUUCCCAUUAAUUUAACCCCGCAGAAUUGUUCGGGAGGGGCUGAGUAUGUUGACUGCAGUGAUCCUAAGGCACAGAGAAGAGUUGACAGCACAUGCAGCACUCGGAACAUACCUAGUUUUGAAGAAAACUUGCCUUGUAAACGUGGGUGCUACUGUCCAGUAGGAAUGGUUCGAAAUUCUAAAGGGAACUGUGUCUUUCCCGAUGACUGCCCAUGCUCUUUUGGUGGACGAGAAUAUGACCAAGGAAGUGUCACCUCAGUUGGCUGCAACAAAUGUACUUGUAUAAAAGGAUCCUGGAACUGUACACAAAAUGAGUGUCAGACCACCUGCCACAUCUAUGGGGAAGGUCAUGUUCAAACUUUUGAUGGAAAAAGUUACAGCUUUGAUGGUCUCUGCCAGUACACAUUUCUUGAGGAUUAUUGUGGUAGUCAAAAUGGCACAUUCCGUAUUUUAACUGAAAGUGUCCCAUGCUGUGAAGAUGGGCUUACAUGCUCAAGAAAAAUCGUAGUUGCUUUUCAGGAUCAGAAUAUUGUCUUGCAUGAUGGCAAAGUAACAGCAGCCAAAACUACAGAAAGCAAGGAAUGUGAACCGAAUGGAAAUACAUACUCUGUACAUACCGUUGGCCUGUACUUGAUUGUGAAAUUUUUAAAUGGAAUAACCAUAAUUUGGGACAAAAAUACAAGAAUGUCUGUGAUAUUGGAUCCAAGCUGGAAUGGCAAAGUGUGUGGUCUUUGUGGAAAUAACAAUGGCGAUCUCAAGGAUGAUUUCACAACAAGAUAUUCAUCAGUAGCUACUGGGGCACUGGAAUUUGGAAACAGUUGGAAAACAAGUCAAGAAUGUUCGGACACAGUAACUCAAACUUUCCCAUGUGACUCAAAUCCAUACUGUAAAGCCUGGGCUGUGCGGAAAUGUGAGAUCAUCCGGGACAGCACCUUCAGAGACUGCCACAACAAGGUGGAUCCCAGCGCUUACUAUGAUGCGUGUAUCGAAGAAGCCUGUGCAUGUGACAUGGAAGGGAAGUACCUGGGAUUCUGCACAGCUGUGGCUAUGUACGCAGAGGCAUGCAGUGCAGUUGGAGUCUGUGUCACAUGGAGAAAACCAGAUCUCUGUCCUGUCUACUGUGAUUAUUAUAAUGCACCUGGGGAGUGCAGCUGGCAUUACGAACCUUGUGGUACAGUGGCUGCAAAAACAUGCAAAGAUGGAGUUAUUGGCCAGAAAUUUUCUGCAGUUUUAGAAGGUUGUUAUGCUAAGUGCCCGGACAGUGCUCCCUACCUGGAUGAGAACAUCAUGAAAUGCGUCAGUUUAUCUGAGUGCAGCUGCUUCUAUAAUGAUAUCAUACCAGCGGGCGGGGUGAUCCAAGAUAACUGUGGAAGAACAUGCUAUUGUAUUGCAGGAGAGUUGGAGUGCGGUGAAACUACUACAAAUUCAACACUUACAGUUUCUACUACAACAGCCACCUCUGUAUUAAGCACCGAAGCAGCAAUUACACUGAUAAGUAGUAGCCCAGGCACAGCAGCUUCCAUUCCAGCGGUUACAACAACAAGUGGUGAAACAAUAGGGACAACUCUGAGUAUUAUCAGCGAACCUUUUACUACAGGCAUUACUGGAACUCCAGUUCCCAUCACCUCAACAGCUGGAAGAGCAGGCACGACAGGAGUAGAGGGCCCCACCUUCUCAAGUCCUGGCCUCCUAGCAGGGACAACUGGAGUAUCAGCAAGUGCAACCACAAGAGCUGAAAAUGGAAGCACAAGUGACACAGGCUUCAGAACAGAAGUGGCGGUGGCAUCGCAGACCACCUUUCACUGGUUCCAACCCAGCUGGGAGCUCGGCAGGCGAGGCACAGGCUCACCAGGGCACUUUGGUGGAACAACUGAAGGGGAAAAUGCGGCCACCACUGGAGCUGCUGGGGAAAACACUUCUGGAGUCUCAGCCACUCCUGGGGUAUCGCCUGGAGCUGGAGGUGGUAGCACCCCUGGGGAACCAGGCAUUGGAACGACAAGUUCUGGUAAGUCAGACAAGUCUGCAUUGUUCUACACAAAAUCACUUAGACAACAAGCAAAAAUCAAUAUGAUUGAAAGAAAAACUAGGCAAACCAUUGGAGGAUACGCAACCACAGGGCCGUCGUCUUCUGGCCCGAGGGAGUCAACGGCAGCAGCAGCUGGAAGUUCAGGAACCAGUGGGCCAACAGCUGGAGUCACCGUGGCGAGCGGACCAGCACCGGGAGGAUCAGGGACCACGGGACCCUCGGCUGAGGUGUCAGGGGCAAGAGGACUGUCCACCGGGGGCCCCGGGACCACUGGAGCGGCAGCUCAAGGAUCAGGGACAAGUGGCACAUUGCCUGGAGCCACAGGGACAACCGGGUUAGCCACAAGUGGAGCCUCAGCGGAAGGAUCAGCGACCACUGGGUCAUCAGCCGGCGCGCCAGGGACCAGCGGGCCGUCUUCGGUAGGGUCGGAGAGCAGUGCACCACCUGUCGUGGUAUCAGGGGCAACCGGCCCACCAGCUCAAGGGUCAGGGACAACUGGAUCAUCAGCUGGAAGCUCAGGACCAACCGGACCAUCGUCUGAGGUGUCCGGGACCGCCAGACCACCAUCUGGAGUGACUGAGACACCUGGACCAUCACCCGGAGGAUCCGGAACCACUGGAGCAGCAGCUGGCCGACGGGCGACAACAGGGCCAGGGGCCGGGGUAUCGGCGACCACAGGGCCAGCAGCUGAGGGAUCAGGAAGCACCGCUGCGCCUGUCGUGGGCUCCAGGACAACUGGGCCGCCAGCCGGAAGGUCAGGCACCAGUGGGCCAACAGCUGGGGUCACAGGGGCAACCGGACCAGCCACGGGCGCGUCGCGGACCGCCGGGCCACCCGCUGAAGGGUCAGUGACAACGGGACCGGCAGCUGGAGGGUCAACGGCCACUGGACCAUCAGGCAGAGUGGCAGGUUCCACCGGGCCGACCGUUGCGGGGCCAGGGACCACCGGACCAUCCGUUGUAGGGUCAAGGACAACUGGACCACCGGUGGGAGAGUCCCCGACAGCUGGACCAUCAGCCCCCGCAUCGGGAGCGCCUGGAACCUCAGCGGGGCGAUUGGGGACCACAGGGCCAGCAGGUGGCGUAUCAGGGACCGCAGCCCCAUCAGCUGAAGCGCCAGGGACAACUGGCCAAGCAGCCGGAGGGGCAGGUUCCACUGGGCCACCUGUGCUAGGAUCAGCGACCACUGGGCCAUCUGCUGUGGGCUCAGGGACCCCUGGAGCCUCCGUUGGAGGGUCCGGGACGACCGGACCGUCAGAGGCAAGGCCGGGGACAACCGCGUCGUCGGCUGGAAGGUCCGAAGCAACGCGGCCAUCCGCUGGAGACACAGGGGCUACGGGACCGGCAACCGGAGGGCCCGGGACCUCAAGGCCGUCAGCCGGAGCGUCAGAGACUCCUGGGCCAAGAGCCAGAGUAACGGGCACCGGUGGCCCAUCUGUCGUCGGGUCCGAGGCGACUGGCUCGGCUGCGGUGGGAACAGGGACAACUGGAGCUUCAGGUGAAGGGUCAGGGACAACUGGAGUCUCAGCUGAGGGCUCGAGGACGCCUGGACCGUCGCCUGGGUUGACAGGGACAGCUGGCCCGUCGUCACCAGGAGGAUCAGGAGCAACUCGGGUAUCAGCUGAGGGAUCAGGGACAAGCGGGUCACCAGCGGGAGCAUCAGGGACCACGGGACAGCCCGGCGGAGGCCCGGAGACGACUGGAUCAUCUGCGGUAGGGUCAGGGACAACCGGACCCGCAGCGGAAGUCACGGGGUCGAGGGGAGCAGCAAGUGGAGCACCACGGAGCCCAGGACCAUCAGCGGAAGCGUCAGCAACCACCCGACCAGCCCCAGGAGGGUCAGGAACAAGCGGACCGUCGGCACAGGGAUCCGCGACCACGGGGCCGUCGUCUUCAGGCCCGAGGGAGUCAACGGCAGCAGCAGCUGGAAGUUCAGGAACCAGUGGGCCAACAGCUGGAGUCACCGUGGCGAGCGGACCAGCACCGGGAGGAUCAGGGACCACGGGACCCUCGGCUGAGGUGUCAGGGGCAAGAGGACUGUCCACCGGGGGCCCCGGGACCACUGGAGCGGCAGCUCAAGGAUCAGGGACAAGUGGCACAUUGCCUGGAGCCACAGGGACAACCGGGUUAGCCACAAGUGGAGCCUCAGCGGAAGGAUCAGCGACCACUGGGUCAUCAGCCGGCGCGCCAGGGACCAGCGGGCCGUCUUCGGUAGGGUCGGAGAGCAGUGCACCACCUGUCGUGGUAUCAGGGGCAACCGGCCCACCAGCUCAAGGGUCAGGGACAACUGGAUCAUCAGCUGGAAGCUCAGGACCAACCGGACCAUCGUCUGAGGUGUCCGGGACCGCCAGACCACCAUCUGGAGUGACUGAGACACCUGGACCAUCACCCGGAGGAUCCGGAACCACUGGAGCAGCAGCUGGCCGACGGGCGACAACAGGGCCAGGGGCCGGGGUAUCGGCGACCACAGGGCCAGCAGCUGAGGGAUCAGGAAGCACCGCUGCGCCUGUCGUGGGCUCCAGGACAACUGGGCCGCCAGCCGGAAGGUCAGGCACCAGUGGGCCAACAGCUGGGGUCACAGGGGCAACCGGACCAGCCACGGCCGCGUCGCGGACCGCCGGGCCACCCGCUGAAGGGUCAGUGACAACGGGACCGGCAGCUGGAGGGUCAACGGCCACUGGACCAUCAGGCAGAGUGGCAGGUUCCACCGGGCCGACCGUUGCGGGGCCAGGGACCACCGGACCAUCCGUUGUAGGGUCAAGGACAACUGGACCACCGGUGGGAGAGUCCCCGACAGCUGGACCAUCAGCCCCCGCAUCGGGAGCGCCUGGAACCUCGGCGGGGCGAUUGGGGACCACAGGGCCAGCAGGUGGCGUAUCAGGGACCGCAGCCCCAUCAGCUGAAGCGCCAGGGACAACUGGCCAAGCAGCCGGAGGGGCAGGUUCCACUGGGCCACCUGUGCUAGGAUCAGCGACCACUGGGCCAUCUGCUGUGGGCUCAGGGACCCCUGGAGCCUCCGUUGGAGGGUCCGGGACGACCGGACCGUCAGAGGCAAGGCCGGGGACAACCGCGUCGUCGGCUGGAAGGUCCGAAGCAACGCGGCCAUCCGCUGGAGACACAGGGGCUACGGGACCGGCAACCGGAGGGCCCGGGACCUCAAGGCCGUCAGCCGGAGCGUCAGAGACUCCUGGGCCAAGAGCCAGAGUAACGGGCACCGGUGGCCCAUCUGUCGUCGGGUCCGAGGCGACUGGCUCGGCUGCGGUGGGAACAGGGACAACUGGAGCUUCAGGUGAAGGGUCAGGGACAACUGGAGUCUCAGCUGAGGGCUCGAGGACGCCUGGACCGUCGCCUGGGUUGACAGGGACAGCUGGCCCGUCGUCACCAGGAGGAUCAGGAGCAACUCGGGUAUCAGCUGAGGGAUCAGGGACAAGCGGGUCACCAGCGGGAGCAUCAGGGACCACGGGACAGCCCGGCGGAGGCCCGGAGACGACUGGAUCAUCUGCGGUAGGGUCAGGGACAACCGGACCCGCAGCGGAAGUCACGGGGUCGAGGGGAGCAGCAAGUGGAGCACCACGGAGCCCAGGACCAUCAGCGGAAGCGUCAGCAACCACCCGACCAGCCCCAGGAGGGUCAGGAACAAGCGGACCGUCGGCACAGGGAUCCGCGACCACGGGGCCGUCGUCUUCAGGCCCGAGGGAGUCAACGGCAGCAGCAGCUGGAAGUUCAGGAACCAGUGGGCCAACAGCUGGAGUCACCGUGGCGAGCGGACCAGCACCGGGAGGAUCAGGGACCACGGGACCCUCGGCUGAGGUGUCAGGGGCAAGAGGACUGUCCACCGGGGGCCCCGGGACCACUGGAGCGGCAGCUCAAGGAUCAGGGACAAGUGGCACAUUGCCUGGAGCCACAGGGACAACCGGGUUAGCCACAAGUGGAGCCUCAGCGGAAGGAUCAGCGACCACUGGGUCAUCAGCCGGCGCGCCAGGGACCAGCGGGCCGUCUUCGGUAGGGUCGGAGAGCAGUGCACCACCUGUCGUGGUAUCAGGGGCAACCGGCCCACCAGCUCAAGGGUCAGGGACAACUGGAUCAUCAGCUGGAAGCUCAGGACCAACCGGACCAUCGUCUGAGGUGUCCGGGACCGCCAGACCACCAUCUGGAGUGACUGAGACACCUGGACCAUCACCCGGAGGAUCCGGAACCACUGGAGCAGCAGCUGGCCGACAGGCGACAACAGGGCCAGGGGCCGGGGUAUCGGCGACCACAGGGCCAGCAGCUGAGGGAUCAGGAAGCACCGCUGCGCCUGUCGUGGGCUCCAGGACAACUGGGCCGCCAGCCGGAAGGUCAGGCACCAGUGGGCCAACAGCUGGGGUCACAGGGGCAACCGGACCAGCCACGGCCGCGUCGCGGACCGCCGGGCCCCCGCUGAAGGGCAGAGUGGCAGGUUCCACCGGGCCGACCGUUGCGGGGCCAGGGACCACCGGACCAUCCGUUGUAGGGUCAAGGACAACUGGACCACCGGUGGGAGAGUCCCCGACAGCUGGACCAUCAGCCCCCGCAUCGGGAGCGCCUGGAACCUCGGCGGGGCGAUUGGGGACCACAGGGCCAGCAGGUGGCGUAUCAGGGACCGCAGCCCCAUCAGCUGAAGCGCCAGGGACAACUGGCCAAGCAGCCGGAGGGGCAGGUUCCACUGGGCCACCUGUGCUAGGAUCAGCGACCACUGGGCCAUCUGCUGUGGGCUCAGGGACCCCUGGAGCCUCCGUUGGAGGGUCCGGGACGACCGGACCGUCAGAGGCAAGGCCGGGGACAACCGCGUCGUCGGCUGGAAGGUCCGAAGCAACGCGGCCAUCCGCUGGAGACACAGGGGCUACGGGACCGGCAACCGGAGGGCCCGGGACCUCAAGGCCGUCAGCCGGAGCGUCAGAGACUCCUGGGCCAAGAGCCAGAGUAACGGGCACCGGUGGCCCAUCUGUCGUCGGGUCCGAGGCGACUGGCUCGGCUGCGGUGGGAACAGGGACAACUGGAGCUUCAGGUGAAGGGUCAGGGACAACUGGAGUCUCAGCUGAGGGCUCGAGGACGCCUGGACCGUCGCCUGGGUUGACAGGGACAGCUGGCCCGUCGUCACCAGGAGGAUCAGGAGCAACUCGGGUAUCAGCUGAGGGAUCAGGGACAAGCGGGUCACCAGCGGGAGCAUCAGGGACCACGGGACAGCCCGGCGAGGCCCAGACGACUGGAUCAUCUGCGGUAGGGUCAGGGACAACCGGACCCGCAGCGGAAGUCACGGGGUCGAGGGGAGCAGCAAGUGGAGCACCACGGAGCCCAGGACCAUCAGCGGAAGCGUCAGCAACCACCCGACCAGCCCCAGGAGGGUCAGGAACAAGCGGACCGUCGGCACAGGGAUCCGCGACCACGGGGCCGUCGUCUUCAGGCCCGAGGGAGUCAACGGCAGCAGCAGCUGGAAGUUCAGGAACCAGUGGGCCAACAGCUGGAGUCACCGUGGCGAGCGGACCAGCACCGGGAGGAUCAGGGACCACGGGACCCUCGGCUGAGGUGUCAGGGGCAAGAGGACUGUCCACCGGGGGCCCCGGGACCACUGGAGCGGCAGCUCAAGGAUCAGGGACAAGUGGCACAUUGCCUGGAGCCACAGGGACAACCGGGUUAGCCACAAGUGGAGCCUCAGCGGAAGGAUCAGCGACCACUGGGUCAUCAGCCGGCGCGCCAGGGACCAGCGGGCCGUCUUCGGUAGGGUCGGAGAGCAGUGCACCACCUGUCGUGGUAUCAGGGGCAACCGGCCCACCAGCUCAAGGGUCAGGGACAACUGGAUCAUCAGCUGGAAGCUCAGGACCAACCGGACCAUCGUCUGAGGUGUCCGGGACCGCCAGACCACCAUCUGGAGUGACUGAGACACCUGGACCAUCACCCGGAGGAUCCGGAACCACUGGAGCAGCAGCUGGCCGACGGGCGACAACAGGGCCAGGGGCCGGGGUAUCGGCGACCACAGGGCCAGCAGCUGAGGGAUCAGGAAGCACCGCUGCGCCUGUCGUGGGCUCCAGGACAACUGGGCCGCCAGCCGGAAGGUCAGGCACCAGUGGGCCAACAGCUGGGGUCACAGGGGCAACCGGACCAGCCACGGCCGCGUCGCGGACCGCCGGGCCACCCGCUGAAGGGUCAGUGACAACGGGACCGGCAGCUGGAGGGUCAACGGCCACUGGACCAUCAGGCAGAGUGGCAGGUUCCACCGGGCCGACCGUUGCGGGGCCAGGGACCACCGGACCAUCCGUUGUAGGGUCAAGGACAACUGGACCACCGGUGGGAGAGUCCCCGACAGCUGGACCAUCAGCCCCCGCAUCGGGAGCGCCUGGAACCUCGCGGCGAUUGGGGACCACAGGGCCAGCAGGUGGCGUAUCAGGGACCGCAGCCCCAUCAGCUGAAGCGCCAGGGACAACUGGCCAAGCAGCCGGAGGGGCAGGUUCCACUGGGCCACCUGUGCUAGGAUCAGCGACCACUGGGCCAUCUGCUGUGGGCUCAGGGACCCCUGGAGCCUCCGUUGGAGGGUCCGGGACGACCGGACCGUCAGAGGCAAGGCCGGGGACAACCGCGUCGUCGGCUGGAAGGUCCGAAGCAACGCGGCCAUCCGCUGGAGACACAGGGGCUACGGGACCGGCAACCGGAGGGCCCGGGACCUCAAGGCCGUCAGCCGGAGCGUCAGAGACUCCUGGGCCAAGAGCCAGAGUAACGGGCACCGGUGGCCCAUCUGUCGUCGGGUCCGAGGCGACUGGCUCGGCUGCGGUGGGAACAGGGACAACUGGAGCUUCAGGUGAAGGGUCAGGGACAACUGGAGUCUCAGCUGAGGGCUCGAGGACGCCUGGACCGUCGCCUGGGUUGACAGGGACAGCUGGCCCGUCGUCACCAGGAGGAUCAGGAGCAACUCGGGUAUCAGCUGAGGGAUCAGGGACAAGCGGGUCACCAGCGGGAGCAUCAGGGACCACGGGACAGCCCGUGCCAUCCUAUACGCUCUCCACUAGUGUCUUUACUACCUCAGGACCUUCCUGGCGACUGUGCUCGGCUGCGGUGGGAACAGGGACAACUGGAGCUUCAGGUGAAGGGUCAGGGACAACUGGAGUCUCAGCUGAGGGCUCGAGGACGCCUGGACCGUCGCCUGGGUUGACAGGGACAGCUGGCCCGUCGUCACCAGGAGGAUCAGGAGCAACUCGGGUAUCAGCUGAGGGAUCAGGGACAAGCGGGUCACCAGCGGGAGCAUCAGGGACCACGGGACAGCCCGGCGUAGGCCCGGAGACGACUGGAUCAUCUGCGGUAGGGUCAGGGAAACCCGGACCCGCAGCGGAAGUCACGGGGUCGAGGGGAGCAGCAAGUGGAGCACCACGGAGCCCAGGACCAUCAGCGGAAGCGUCAGCAACCACCCGACCAGCCCCAGGAGGGUCAGGAACAAGCGGACCGUCGGCACAGGGAUCCGCGACCACGGGGCCGUCGUCUUCAGGCCCGAGGGAGUCAACGGCAGCAGCAGCUGGAAGUUCAGGAACCAGUGGGCCAACAGCUGGAGUCACCGUGGCGAGCGGACCAGCACCAGGAGGAUCAGGGACCACGGGACCCUCGGCUGAGGUGUCAGGGGCAAGAGGACUGUCCACCGGGGGCCCCGGGACCACUGGAGCGGCAGCUCAAGGAUCAGGGACAAGUGGCACAUUGCCUGGAGCCACAGGGACAACCGGGUUAGCCACAAGUGGAGCCUCAGCGGAAGGAUCAGCGACCACUGGGUCAUCAGCCGGCGCGCCAGGGACCAGCGGGCCGUCUUCGGUAGGGUCGGAGAGCAGUGCACCACCUGUCGUGGUAUCAGGGGCAACCGGCCCACCAGCUCAAGGGUCAGGGACAACUGGAUCAUCAGCUGGAAGCUCAGGACCAACCGGACCAUCGUCUGAGGUGUCCGGGACCGCCAGACCACCAUCUGGAGUGACUGAGACACCUGGACCAUCACCUGGAGUCUCUGAAACAACUGGUCUCAAAGGUGCAACGUCAGAAACAAUUGGAACCUUAAGUAACAUCACUCCUCACGCUGAAAGAACAACUGUGCUCUCACGAAUACAGCUUAGCACACCUGAAGGCACAACUGCAGAACCAUAUGGAAAAACCCCUGAAGCAGGUGAUAACACGACUAUAUUAACCACACCUGGAAAAUCAGGUUCCACAGGAGCCACCCAUGGUUCAAAAAUUGUGGCAGGAAGUUCCAAUACUCAGGCCACAACUUCCACAGAAGGUGCUGGCACCUCUGGAGGCGGAUUCAGAACAGCAGGUACGACUGUAGCAUCCGAAAGUAAAGUCACUGGGAGUGAAACAGGCACCACCGGAGUGGUCCCCAGCACAACUGUUGCCCCUGGCACUUCCAACACAGAGGCCACAACUUUCCUGGGAGGAAGUGAAAUAACCAGAGUGGGAAUAGCCACAGGUACUACUGGUAUAGUCUCUGGAAAAACUCUAGAGCCUGGAAGUUACAACACAGAGGCCACAACUUCCACAGGAGGACGUGGCAGCACCCAGGCAGAAUUUCCAGGAGGUACCACUGUGGUUUCACCUGGAGCCAGUAGCAGUUCACAGAGUUUCAAGCCAGGUACUACAGGAGAAUUCUCUGGGACAACCAUUAUAUCUGGGAGUUCCCACACAGGAGACACCACUGCAGUACCAAGGGGCCAAGCAACUGGGAGUGUGACAGGCACCACUGGGGUAACCCCUGGUACAACUGUUGCCCCUGGCAGUUCCAACACAGAGGCCACAACUUCUGUAGGAGAAAGUGGAAUAAGAAGAAUUGAAAUAACCACAGGCACAACUGAGGGCAUCUCUGGAAAAACUCAGAAACUUGGAAGUGCCAACACAGGCGCCUCUGGCACAACAGGGAGUUAUGUCCCCGGAAAUGAAACAGGUAAGGGUCAUUCGAAGCCCUGCUUCCCUCUACUCCAUGGUGAAAGGGAAAGUCAGCAGCAGCACAUCCACCCCAGGGAAUUCUCUAGAACAACCAUUUCAUCUGGAAGUUCUAAUGCAGAGGCCACAACUUCCACAAAAGAGACUGGAACUGGAGCCCAAACAGAAGCCCAGACCACUGCACCAGGGAGCCAGGUCUCUGGCAGUCAAACUGUGAUUCCAGGUACCAGUGGAGUAGUCUCUGGCACAACUAUCGCACCUGAACGUUCCAGGACUGGAACUACCUCUGGAGCAUCAGACCAUCGAGUCACUGAAAGCAAAACAGAUACAAUUGGUGUAGCUUCAAGUACAACUGUUGCACCUGGAAGUUCCAGUACAGGAGCUACCACUGGAGUAUUAGUAAAAGAAGGAACUGGAAGCACAUUAGGUAACACUAGGGUAGCUUUUGUCACUUCACUUGAACUUGGGAGCUCAAGCACAGAAGCUACAACACGCUCCAGAGGCAGUAGAACCACAGGAAUGAAUACAGGAACUACUAGAGUGGCCCCUGGCAGUACCAUCUCACCUGGAAGUUCCAACACAGGGGCUACCACUGGCACAUCUGGAAAGGCAAGCUCUGGAAGUGAAACAGGCACCACUGGUGUAGUCUCUGGCACGACAGUUGCAUCUGGAAGUUUCAACACAGGGGCCACAACUUCUUUGGAAAGUGGUAGAACCACUGAAGGUGGAAUUAAAAUAGUUACCACUGGGGUAAUUACUGGCACAACCAUCGCAUCUGGAAGUUCCAAAGCAAAGGCUACCACUUCUACAGAAAUCCAAGCUACCACUGGAGCUAGAAUAGUAACUGGGACUACAACUUUGAGACUAAGUAAUGACACCACUAGGAGUGGAAUACGAACAGGUACCACUGUGGUAUCAAGCAGAAUUACUGGCGUUCCAGAAAGUUCCAGUCCAGGAACCUCCAAGAAAGCAUCUAAAACAACUGUUGCUCCUGGAAUUUUUACCACAGUCCCUGCUUCUACAGGAGUCAAGGAAAACUCUGGAACUGGAAUGCAAACAGGCUCUACCUCAGUGUCAAGUGGAAUCACAACAAGCCCAGAAGUAUCCUACCCAGAAACCCCUGUAGCAACAACAGGAAAUCAAGAAACUGAAAAUAACACAGAUUGUCCAACAUCACUUCCACCACCUCCAGUUUGUCAUGGUCCACUGGGAGAAGAGAAAUCUCCUGGAGACAUAUGGACUGCCAAUUGCCACAGAUGCACGUGUACUGAUGCAAAGGCUGUGGACUGUCAACUCCAGGAGUGCCCUUCUCCACCCACAUGCCAAACUGGAGAGAGGCUUGUAAAGUUCAAAGCUAAUGAUACCUGCUGUGAAAUCGGAUAUUGUGAACCAAGAACAUGUUUCUUUAACAAUACUGACUAUGAGAUUGGUGAUUCCUUUGAUGACCCCAACAAUCCAUGUGUCUCCUACUCCUGCGGUGACACUGGUCUCGUUGCAGUGGUCCAAGACUGCCCCAAGCAGACCUGGUGUGCAGAAGUAAACAGAGUCUAUGAUUCAAACAAAUGUUGCUAUACAUGUAAAGCUGAUUGCAGAUCGUCACCCAUGAAUGUGACUGUUAAGUACAAUGAUUGCGAGAAAAGAGUUGAGAUGGCAAGAUGCACAGGAGAAUGCGAAAAUACUGUCAAGUACAAUCACGAUAUCUUGGAAAAUUCAUGCCUUUGCUGCCGAGAAGAAGGCUACGAAUUCAGAGAAAUUGUUCUUGACUGUCCUGAUGGCAGUACCAUGCCUUACAGAUACAGGCAUAUCACAACAUGUUCUUGCUUAGACAUGUGCCAACAAUCUACAACUGCAAUGCCCAGUUAAUGUUAACGUUACCUUUCCAGUUAUAAUAGGCCACAUAUUUAUUUAUAAGUGAACAAAAAUAAUCACUCAAUAGUGAGACUACCUAAACAGUUGCAUCUCCCUCAGAAAGUGAGUUCUCAUUAUGAGGUAUUUUGUUCUUUUGUUGACUGGAUCUGAAAAAUAAAUACAACUUUGC